UCAAGUAAAAUAUGGAUUUUAUUUAAAGAUCUGACAAAAUUAUAGAUUUUUUGACUGAAAAAAUUAAGUUGAACAAAUUGAUCGGUAUAUUUGUAGUAUAAGAUUCGAGAAUUUAGGCUUAUGUUCAUUAUGUGCGCGAAAAGAAGUGAAUUAUAAGACCGUCUGGCCACGUCGAUCGAUAAAGACAACUGAGGGUAUACUUCGUAAGCCCUUAGUGCUUUUUGAUGUAAAGGGAGGUGGCUAAGUGCAUGGUAGAUCAAGGGAUUAGUAAUCUGCGGAAUUUAUGUUAUUAAUAAAGAACCAGCGCUGUGAGAGAGAUCUCUUGUCUUCGCAAACAAUGGAGAUAUAGAUACAUGGACCUGCACGCUUUUUCCGAGCACAUUUUGUGAUGCAUCUGUCGACGGAAUCGGUGGACGAUGAUCUUAAAUUGCCAUGGGACGAAACGUAUUGAGGAUCUUGCUGCUCCUCUGCUGCGUGCUGCAACCGCACGUCGGACAGCUGACUCGAGACACGCGAUGCUUUCUGGAGAACGGAGCCACCGCGGCGCAUCUCUUUGUCAGCGAGGAUCUGCCCGUAGGUGAUACCGUGGGAAUUCUCGGGGUAUUAGGUGAUCCUGGCUCGCAAGGUGACAUCGAGUUGAGCCUGCAGGAGCACGACAGCCCCGUCACAUUCUCGCCAUACUCGAAAAAUUUAACUCUCAUCAGGCCGCUCGAUAAGGAGGGUGUCGAGGGACCGGCCAGCGUCUACAUCAACGUUAUUUGCGAGAGAAAACAUACGUUGGACCCGGGGUUCGUCAUACCGGUGAACAUCCGGGUAACCGACGCGAAUGAUAAUUCACCGCAAUUUGUGAAUGCGCCUUAUGUACUGAAUAUUUCUGAGGUUACCGUCGUCGGCACGAGAGUCCUACAAGGAGUCCGAGCUGUCGAUGCUGAUCAACCAGGACCAUAUUCCACUGUGCAAUACGCAGUUCUACCAGGAGCUCACUCGGAUUACUUUGUUUUCGUAAAUGCUUUGGAAGACACUCUUGUAUUAAGAAAAUCGCUGGAUUACGAAAUCCUCACCAACUUCUCCGUUGACAUCCGUGCUCAAGACCAAGGCAAUCCACCACGUUCAUCAACGACAACGUUAUAUGUUAAUGUUAUCGAUGCCGACGAUCAAAAUCCAGCUUUUUUGAACGAUCAAUAUAAGAUCACCGUACCUCGUCAUAUCAAAGGGAGAAAACAAUUAAAGGUGUUACCUGCCGCGAUAAAAGCCUUAGAUCAAGACGUCGGUAUAAACGCGCCAGUUCGAUAUACGAUACAAGGUGGAAUCUUACCCUUUUUGGAUUUGAAUCCUGAGACUGCUGAAAUCGUCAUGAUACGCUCGUUGCAGGACCACGAGCUAAUGACGCCAGCAACUAUCGUUAUUAAGGCUACUCAAGUGAAUAACGCGGAUAGGUACGCUCUUGCCACGGUUAUUGUAUCCCGAGAAGAUACAGUUGGUCCAACAGCAGGCGGCCGAUUACCCGUGAAAUUCGUGCUGAAGAAUCAUCAAACGAGCGUGCCAGAGAACACGCCGUCUGGGAGCGUUCUUCUAACGACAGGAGUCAACAAAGCUGAUCCUGGUUUAAAAUUCUGGCUGGUGGGUCCGGUGGAGGAUUUGGAGAGAUUCUCAAUCACUAACUCUGGCGAGUUGAUCCUCAAAGGGAAUUUGGAUUACGAACGGCGAGUGCAGCACAGUUUCCUGGUUCACGUCACAGACGGAUAUCAUAACGAUACCUCACGUGUAAACGUUUCAGUCGAAGACGUGAACGAAUGGGAACCUCGAUUCCAAUAUUCCCGAUAUGAAUUUCAUGCUCAUUCCGCGAGAGAAGGCUCCGUCGUAGGGAAAUUAGAAGCAGCUGACGGCGACAGGGGAGACAAAGUCAGCCUAUCCCUCAGAGGACAAGAUGCAAGAUCCUUCGAGAUUAGAGAUAACGGAGAAUUAGUGCUGAGAUCGCUAGGUUCGUUUAAUGGAUCUUUGGCCAGAUUUAUAGCGGUAGCUACCGAUACCGGGAAACCGCCCAGAUCCAGCAUGAUCCCGGUGAUCGUUCACAUACCGAACGGCGGCUCUUUGCCGAUCGCAGCGAGAGCCGCACCCGCUUGGCUCGGUGGCAGCGUGCUAUUAGUUGCAAUCUUCGGCGCAGUUUUGGGGCUUCUUGGAGUUGUCAUACUUAUUCUCAUUCUUUACAUUUAUAAACAUAAAAGGCCAAAAAGCGGGAGUUCGGUCAGCUCUGUGGGUACAGGAUACCGCGAAAAAUCACCGGUUCCCUCAGCUCUGAGUCCAACUCCGCAAGUACUAGGUGCCAACGUUCUUCAGGACGCCUUGGAGGGCCCGCGGAAUCGGCGUCACGAUAUCGAUGGCAACGAGAAUGAUAACGUGGACAGCUGUAACGAAAUCGAUAAUCCCGUCUUCGGAGAAACCAAUGAAAGCUCGUACAGUGCUACAAUCAAAAGUAUAGCGUCGGCGAGACAAUUACCACUGUACGCCCGGCAUAAAGUAGCGCCCGCCCCGAAUCCACCAGCUUUAUCAGCCACUUCGAACAUUCCCAAUAUUGGCGGAUUGGUACAAAAUAUGAAUGACUUGAGUGCUAGAACUAAUCUGGAUGCUGGAUCCCACGACUCUUCCAAUUAUUCCGGAGAUCCGCCAGACUCUCUGGUGCCAACGUGGCCCGCUAGUUCGGCCUUGCCGAGGAUCAAGAAGUUGUCCUGGGACGACGACGACAGGACCGUGGAUAGUGUCGAGGUCGCAGCGGAAACGCGAACCGGAGACAAUCAAGCUGGCAACGAGAGGCUCAAUCUCACCGUAUACUUCUAACGAUCCGUUAUUUUGUAAAUGGGACGAAUGUCCGAUAAUGAUGGCGGAAGACUGUUGUAAGCGCUGUUUGACCAAUUCAGUUAAAUAAAGUCUCGUUGAUGUCGAAAUUCUGUGAAUGAAUUUCGAAACAUCGCAACGCGAUGCGACCUUACCCGCGUAUUCGGUCCACAGAGUAUCUGUGUUAUCUGCGCAGCAUAGCGUUAAUUCGCAUCAUCCUGAAUGGAUUACAUUCAUUAUCUGCACGAUUCGACAUUGAUCUCCGAUAUAAUAAGAAGUAAUCAUUAGAAAUUGUGCUAGAAAUUCAACAAUGGCAAAAUAUUACAAAGAGCAAGCUUUCAUGUUAAAAUUUACAUUAAAAUGGGGAAGAAGUAAAGAAAUAGCGAAUUGGAACAUGACGAUAAGUCCGAUGAUAUCCUAUAAAUA